AUGGCAGAAGCAGCGUCUGCUGUCGGUUCAUCGCGAACCGAUGAGUUCGAUAUGCGAUUCAAUCCGGACUGUUAUUGCUCAACAGUACAGCACACAGACAAUGAGGAUCUGACGAAACAACGCAAACUCAUCGCUGAAAUCGCCGAAUUUCUUCUGGAGCAGGCACGCACGUUUGAUGAUAACGAAUCGUUUCAGCAAAUGCCAAAUUUUGUUCGCGAUUGUCUACAACAUGCCCUAAUGCCAGUUGAAGGAGCUUCGUUGAGUGAGGCCAUGCACUCUCGUGGUAUCAACAUUCGUUAUUUGGGUAAACUCACGAAGAUCAUCGAAAAUGUGGAACAACUUCAGUAUCUGAAGGCUAUUUGUAUGUGUGAAUUGAUCUGUCGUAGUGCGAAACACGUGUUUCGUACCUAUAUGCAACUGGUUCCUGCGGCACACUGUGGAGCUGCGGUGUCUCAUUUCUUGAACUGUUUACUGGGCAAUUCUUCUGCAGCGUCUACAUCGAACGGUGGUGAUGAGACGACAUCCUCAGCGAAUAACGUUCGUAAAGCACGUUCGACGAAACGACGCAGGCAAGCCGGUGGCAUCGGGAAAGAGAACGACGACUGGACACAUCUCUCAUCGAAGACACUCUGGACGAAUCUUUGUUCCGAGUCGGAUUCAUACUAUGCAUUCGAGAUAACUUCUGAGAAUAUGGAUGCUUAUGUGACGCAGAAUUCACUUCAGAAAACGUCCAUUUUGCGUCGAUUCGCUCAGAUGGUUGGCAUUCAGAUGCUGCUGCGUGACUAUGGACUAGAAACUGGCAAGAAAGCGUUGCCGUUUGUCGAAGACGACAUUCAGAAUCUCUAUUGCGUAUCGAAACACGUCGAUCCAAAAGCGGUCGAUGCGCAUAGUUUGUUCAUUUCUGGUCAAGCAAAAGUGCAACAAGGUGCAUUACGAUCUGGCUUUGAGAUGGUAGCAGAGGCGUUGAAUCUGAUGAAUAAUGUCUACGGUGCGAUGCAUCCGGAUAUGGCUCAGUGUAUGAGGUUGUUGGCGCGUUUAUCGUAUAUUCUCGGCGAUCCUUCCGAGGCACUCGCACAGCAGCACAAGGCUGCUUUGAUGAGUGAGCGAUGCAAUGGCUUGGAUAGUGCGAGUACAAUUCUUGAAUAUCUCAACUUGGCUCAUUUCUCAUUCGCAAAUUUGCAUAUUGCUGCCUCAUUGAAACUCCUCUAUCGCGCUCGCUAUCUAUUAAUGCUGGUUCAUGGUGAAAACCAUCCGUUGAUGGCUCAAAUCGACGGUAAUAUUGGUGUUAUACUAUACGCAAUACAAGAGUACGAUGAUGCAUUGAAGUUCCUGCAAAGUGCCCUUAAACUGCAUCAAAUUUAUAUGGAGCCACGAGCCUUGAAGACUGCUCUUAUCUAUCAUUUGAUGGCACGAACAUAUUCGUGUCGUGGUGAUUUCCGUACUGCUCUCCAAAUGGAAAAGGAAACAUUUACAAUCUAUUCGAAGACGUUCGGUGAGGAGCACGAGAAGACGAAGGAGAGCGGUGAUUGUCUGAAGCAUUUAACGCAACAGGCAGUCACUUUCCAGAAACGAAUCAAUGAGGCGAAUCGACAGGGUGCUGCCAAUAUCGGUCAGCUUGUUCCCAUUGAGACGCAUCGUCCAUCGUUACAAAGCGUUCUGGAGGUGCUGAACAUAUUGAAUGGAAUCAUUUUCAUUCAACUCAAAAACGCAAAUGCUCUCGCCGAUUUGGAGAGUGCAGAAAGUGCAAAUGAUACGGCUGCCAGCACAACAGCUAAAGAUACCGCUGCUGCUGAUGAUGAAAGCAAAGAUGACGAGACCGUCGAAACUUCAUCGAAAACCACUCCGAAUCAGCAGCCAACUAUGCAAGAGGAGGCACUCGAUUGA